CCGCUUGGGAAAAGGUGAACGGCGAGGGGGCAGGGAUAGAGACGUGAAGGAGAGAGUGCAGCAAAUCUCAGUAGAGAGAGAAAUUAAAACCAAAACAAGAGAUUUGCGUCGCUCUCUGGUAGCAAGCAUUUCUCGCCCACCCUCAUUUUUUUUUUUUCCCUCUCUCUGUAAACGAGUCUAUAUCACUGUUCUGCACAACUGCAAGAACAGUGAGAGGCUGCGUUUGUGGAGGAACAGAGCAAGAGAGGCUGAAGAGGGGAUUUAUGUCGGCUGAGUUUGUUUUGGUGGUGAUUGGGGCUCUAUUGCAGCUCUGGCGUAUUUGUUUCUCAGUGUUCUACGUUCACUGCAUGCUUCUCCUCUGUUUGCAGCAGAGGACCAAUCUAGUGUUUCCAUCUAUUUCGAUGCGUUUGAGACCAAGAAGGACUUGUUCUGGAGUAAAGUGUUUUGGGGGUUUUCAUAUAAAGCGGUUCUUCUAUCGUUUCCUGUUUUUGAGAGAGGCUCUCACUUGAUACUUCUUAGAUCUUGAGGCUUUUCCCAGUUUUCUCCUAAUUUUUGCUAUUUAAAAAAAUUUUCCUAAAAUUUUCUGGUAUCUUUCUGUAAUUUUUGGGUGGAAAUAUUCCAUCGGAUGCCUGAGCCUCGGAGACAGCCAAUGAUUCAGGAUAUGCCUUUCAAGAGAGCUAAAGAAAUUUGCUCUGACUUCAAGAUGAGAAAAAUCCGGGUUAUAUGCUAUGAUCCGGAAGCGACUGAUUCUUCAUCAAGCGAAGAUGAAGGAGGAAUUUCUAAAAGAGAGAAGCGUGGGAAGCGUAUUGUCAGGGAAAUCAAUCUACCCGUUGCUGGGUCGCCGCAAUCCAAUGCCAUCGAAACGGAGUCUUCCUGUCAAGAUAGUAACAAUGGUGGCAAAAACCCUAAAAAGAGGUUUUUACGAAAGCCCCCAUCUUCGAAAUACAGGGGCGUUCGCCAAAGGAAAUGGGGCAAAUGGGCUGCGGAGAUUCGAGACCCCUUUAGAGGUGUUCGCGUCUGGCUGGGCACCUACAAUACUCCAGAGGAGGCUGCCAAGGCUUACGAGUCCAAAAGGCUCGAGUUCGAAGCCAUGGCAGCAUCGGCCAACAAGAGCCAAAAUGUUUCUUCCUCGGUAGUUGUCUCCCAGUCUCAAUCCCAUAACCCUGCUGUUUCCGACGACUCUGAUAGCUUGUUAUCGCACACUUCGCCUUCUUCCGUACUCGAAUUAGAGACCUCGACUUCACACUAUAAUGGAGGCGGCCACGGCACUGAUACAACCAAAGAAGGUGUCGGAACCAAUCUUAUCCAUGCUAAUGGGGCUGAGCAGCAAAAACCCAUAUCUGAUUUUGCGGAGGAGCCAUUAAUGGCGCCUCCAAUCGGGCAAGAGCUGAACAUGGAAGCAGAGUUCGAAUCAUUCUUUGACGACAACAAUUGGGGCAGGAUUCUAGAUGACUUUAACUGCUUGGAUGAUCUUAGAAUUUUCGGUUUUGACAAUGAAGAGCCCAGCGACCUUCCCGACUUCGAUUUCGACCUGGGCAAUGACGAGUUUGCCUGGAUGGAUGAACCCCUCAAUAUUUCAUGCCCAUAAGUUUUGCAGCUAGGAAUAAUCAGUGGUAGUAUUAUAGUGGUCCUUUUUAUCUAUAAAUGCAACAAAAAUACAUCUCAUGAACGGUAAGCUGAGUUCUUGAGAUGGUGAGUGCCUGUGUGAGUGAUUUUUAUUUAUUUGUUUGUCGAGAGACAUGGAGAGGAAUGAGCUCAUUGUACAAGGAGAGGGAGUCCUCUGGGUUUUCCUGUGCUGUUAGAGCAGUCCAAGGGCUUUCCAUCCUCAAUCCUCCCUGGAGGGUUGCAACAGGGUCACCACAGUUUUGCUCAUUUUCUCCUCCUUUUUCCUUCUAUAAGUUUUAUAUCUAUAUCUAUAAGUUUUAUAUGUUUGGUGUUCAGUUCUUAUGAAUGAUUUGUUAGAGCUA